AGAGACUCAUCUGAAGUCAUGUUUAAUGCUUUAUCUGUUGAGUCAUUAUCUGUAUUUAUUAUUAAUUAGGGGAUCUGAGGGAGUGACUUUUAUCUCAAGUUUAUCUUAAGCGCUGGAAUCACAGCAGACUAUAUAAAUACAUAUAAAUACAACACAAUCUGUCAUCACAACACAUUCACUCACUACGUGUGCGCUAAUAAACAAUCUACAAAGAAACUCCUGCUGAAGCACACUGUUAUAAAGAUGGCGUUUAUUAAAGAGGAGAGUGAAGACCUGAAGAUUGAAGAAGCUUUCAGAGUCAAACAUGAAGAUACUGAGACACAACAAACAGAGAUGAUGUUUAUUAAAGAGGAGAGAGAAGAUGUGAAAAAUGAAGUCAAACAUGAAGAUACUGAGGAACAAACAGACCUGAUGGCGCUGAAAGAGGAGAGUCAAGAACUGGAUGAAAUGGAAGAGAAAAAUCGGGAGAAAUAUCAUGAUCUCAUGGCUGGAGAAAAAUCUUUUAGUUACUCACAGACUUAUAAAACAGAAACUACAAACCUUGAAGUGCAGAUGAGUGUUCACACUGGAGAGAGCCCUUUCACCUGCCAACACUGUGGAAAGAGUUUCAGUCAAAAACAAAGCUUCAAAAGCCACUUGAAAAUCCACACUGGAGAAAAUUUGUGGAGGUGUCCUCAGUGUGGAAAGAGUUUUACACAGAAAAAAACCCUUAAUGCCCACAUGAGGAUUCACACUGGAGAGAAACCUUACUCCUGCAAACUGUGUGGGAAGAGUUUUAUACGAAAAGAUUGUUUUAGGUCUCACAUGAGUGUUCACACUGGAGAGAGCCCUUUCACCUGCCAACAGUGUGGAAACGGUUUCAUUAGAAAACAAAGCCUUAAAGUCCACUUGAAUAUCCAUGCUGGAGAGAAGCCGUUCAUAUGCCCUCAGUGUGGAAAGAGCUUUACACAGAAGUCAACCCUUAAUAUCCACAUGAGAGUUCACACUGGAGAAAAACCUCAUAUCUGCAAACAGUGUGGGAACAGUUUCUCAGUAAAAGGAAGUCUUAAAAUUCACAUGAGAAUUCACUCUGGAGAAAAGCCAUUCAUCUGCUCUCAGUGUGGAAAGAGUUUCAAACGGAAAAAAGAACUUGAUGGCCACAUGAGAGUUCACACUGGAGAGAAGCCUUUUGAUUGUGAUCAGUGUGGAAAGAGUUUCGUAUUUAAAUCACGCCUUAAUAAACACAUGAGGAUUCACACAGGGGGGGACUGCUUUAUAUGUCAUCAGUGUGGAAAGAGUUUCUCACAGAGAGCAAACUUUGAGAAUCACGUGAGAGUUCACACUGGAGAGAAGCCUUUCGCCUGCCCUCAGUGUGGAAAGAGCUUCACAGUUAAAGGAAACCUUAAUACUCACAUGAGAGUUCACACUGGAGAGAGGCCUUACAAGUGUCCUCAGUGUGAAAAGAGUUUCAUGUAUAAAGCCCAGCUUGAUCUUCACAUGAGGAGUCACUCAGUAGAGAACUGUUUUAUAUGUCAUCAGUGUGGAAAGAGUUUCUCACAGAGAGCAAACUUUGAGGAUCACAUGAGAGUUCACACUGGAGAGAAGCCUUUCGCCUGCCCUCAGUGUGGAAAGAGCUUCACAAUUAAAGGAAACCUUAAUAUUCACAUGAGAAGUCACACUGGAGAGAGGCCUUACAAGUGUCUUCAGUGUGAAAAGAGUUUCUCAUAUCACACAAACCUGAAACGACAUAUGCAAACUCAUUCUGGAAAUAAACUGCCAUUGUCCUGACAAGAGGUUUAGGAGCAAUUUCAGCAAUCAUCAGACAAUUUGAUUGUGUUCAGUCUAAUAAAAACAUCUCACUCAAACAUACAUAUUAAAGUAAUGUAAAUGUCAGACCCUGUUUGUGUUCUUUUUUAGAGUUCUGUUACAAACAAGUUGAUUCAAGUGUGAUUAGAAUACUUCUUUUAAACUAAAAAUAAGGAAUUAUACUUUCAGUCUGUGAAGAAGCAGCAGAGACAAGCGCACAUGUAAUCGUUAAACAGCAUAUAAAUCAAAACUGCCUAAUGUUACUGAAUGAAAUGUUGAACCCAUGAAGAUGAAACAACUGUGAAGCUCUGAGGGUGUUGAUGGACUCGAUCUAUUCCAUCUAUGUUUUGAUCUUCGAUCCGCACAUAAUCUUUGACAAAUAAAGAGAUUUUUUCAGCUUUUUGUUAAAAAUUUAGCAUUUUAAUGGAAUGUAUAUCUACAUUCAAGUGUUGAUUAAAAAAAUGUCCCCCAUUUGGGACAGAGUGGCCAUGCUAGAUUUCUGGUCCUGUCUGCAAUCCUCGGACUGAGACAGACCAGCCCCCUCAGAGGUUUUGGGAGAUUGUGACACUGUCGUACAGCCCCUCAAGGAUGACUGCCACGCACCAAACACAAAUAAAGUCCAGGCCUGGUCCUCUCUCGUCUUCAACUGUCGUAACUCCUCCUUGGGACUCGAGACUGGCGAGUGGUGCAGGUUGUCGCUCAUUAUCAUUAAACUCCACCGGCCCCACCCCACUCACUACACACGCACAUUCACAUUGGGACUUACAGCAUGCUAAGAUUCUGUUUUAUAGUAUGGAA